GGCGCGGGGCGCGCGGCGCAGGCACCAUGGGCUGCUGCUCGGGCCGCUGCACGCUCCUCGCGCUCUGCGUCCUGCAGCUGGUUACUGCCCUGGAGAGGCAGGUGUUUGACUUCCUGGGCUACCAGUGGGCGCCCAUCCUGGCGAACUUUGUCCACAUCGUCAUGGUCAUCUUGGGGCUCUUCGGCACCAUCCAGUACCGGCCACGCUACAUAGUGGCGUACAUUGUGUGGGCAGCUGUCUGGAUCACCUGGAAUGUCUUCAUCAUCUGCUUCUACCUGGAAGUAGGGGGCCUCUCGAAGGACAGUGAGCUCCUCACCUUCAACUUGUCCCGGCAGCGCUCCUGGUGGCGCGAACACGGGCUAGGCUGUGUGCGUGCACGUGAGGAGAAGGCUGCGGCGGGCCUCGGGGUCCAGCCUGACCAGGCCCUGGUGUCGGGAGGCCUCUGCGCCCUGGAGCACAGCUAUGUGGAGGCUCUGCACAGCGGUCUGCAGAUCCUGGGGGCUCUCCUGGGCUUCAUCUACGGCUGCUAUGUGGUCAGUGUGUUUACAGAGGAAGAAGACAGCUUUGAUUUCAUUGGUGGAUUUGACCCUUUCCCUCUGUACCAUGUCAAUGAAAAGCCGUCCGGCCUCUUGUCCAAGCAGGCGCGAUUGCCCGCGUAAGUGAAGAGGCCCUGAACCCGUUCCUGAGACCUGACCUCGGCCUGGGACUGAGGCGGGGCCCGGCCACUGCAGACAGGCUCCUGCCCACCUCACCAGGACGCUGGCCUGGUGCCCGUGUAGGGUGGGUGAUUUCUGUUUUCUAAAAAAAAAAAAAUGAAAACAAGAACAUGGCAGCCCCCGUUCCUUGCUGGAGUUUCAUCCCCAUCACAGCUUGGAUGGUUUCUGAGGAGUCCUCCUCCACUGCCCUGCCCCGGGCAGCCGCACUGCAGCCUGAGCCCCUGCUGCUGGGGUAUGAAGAGCUCCCAAGGGGCAGCGAGAAGGGAAGACGGAAUCCCACCAGCAAGUCCGGGUGCGCCACUGUGACCCUUGAGCUGUAAGCCUCACCGCUCUGAAUAAAUACCUCUUGCUGCCUUA